AUGGCACGCUCUAAGAAUCCGUCAAAGAAGCAGCAGAAGCGCGGCGGCAUCGACUUCAAAAAAAUAAAGCGAAAGAUUGGCAGAAAAUUGCCACCAGCACAGAAUGCUACAAAUACUGAAAUUAAAUCAAAAGCAAUUGUUCUCCCCGAGCAGAGUGUGGCAUCAGAGAAGGCAGGAUUAGCAGUAAACAAGAAAGGCUUGACAUUGAAAGAACUUCUUCAACAGACAUCUCAUUACAAUUCAAAAGUCCGUAAAGAUGCAUUGUUGGGUAUCAAGGAUUUAUUCCUUAAGCAUCCAGAAGAGCUGAGGUUGCAUAAGUACACCGUUAUUGAAAAACUGCGUGAACGCAUUGGUGAUGAUGAUAGACUUGUUCGAGAAACGCUGUAUCAACUUUUCAAGUUGGUGAUUUUCCCUGGUUUUAAGGAGGAUAAUCAAGAGCUUUUUGUUUCCUUGAUGAUGGCCUAUAUAUUUAACUCAAUGACAAAUUUAGCAAUUGAUGUUCGACUGAUGGCUUUCAAAUUUUUGGAGCUUGUUAUCCAGUAUUAUCCACCUUCCUUUUUCUUGUAUGCUGAAAAGAUUCUUCAAAACUUUGAGGAUAUUUUGCGAAAGAACCAGUUCUUUUUAGAGGACAAGAGCAAGCUGAAGACUGCUCUUUCUGGGUUGGAGCGAUGCUUGUUACUGCUUCCAUGUAACAAGAAAGAAGUUGGCUCAUGUAAACAGAGUGAUGCUGUAGAAGGGAUGCUGCAUGGUUUUGAGCCUCAUGUGCCUGCAGAAUCUGCUGGGUUUUCUAUCAUCAUCCCAAAACUAAAAGACUUGGUGCCAGUUCUAGUCAAUUGUUUCCAAGAUUUUAUUCCUGCAGUACAGACUGGUUCUCAUCUUGAUGUGCAAUCAUAUGAUUGUAUGUUGUCGAUACUUCACAGUAUAAAGCAUGCAGUCCAAUUCUUUGUUUAUAUGACUGAUGAGGGUAUGUCGGAAUCACGACCUUCUCAUGGGGAGCUUGAUGUGGCUAUGUUGGGUGGGACUAUCUCCAUAAUGUUGAUGAAGAAGUUACUUGUUCUGUUUCCCCUGAACAUGAGAAAUCAACUUUCUGAGAAGGAUGAUGUUAAAUAUUUUGUCCUGGACAGUGUGAUGACAGAAAUAUUUCUGCACUUAGGCAAAUGGAUCUGCCCUCCUGGUAUUCUGUUGGAGAAAUUUUUAGAAUUUCUAGAGAAUGCUCUGCUUGGAAAGAUCUGUAGUGACAGACGCUCUGGUAAAGCAAUCCAGGAGAAGCAUUUAAUUUCGCUUCUUCCUUUUGUUCCGAAACUUGUCUCGCAAGUGCCAAAUGACUGGAAGUCUCGUCUUCUUCAGGCUUUUACUAACGCAUUCAAGGACUGCAAUCCUGUGUCGUCUUUAAAAUUGGCUUGUCUUUCCACAAUGGAGGAGAUGGUUGUUCCUAGACAAGGCUUGCUGUACCUGGAUCCCAGGGAUCCCGAGAUAUUAAACUUUCAGAUUGCCUGGAUAAGAGAGCUUCCCAUGUUGCUAAUCCUGCUGGGUGAUAAAAACACGUCCCAUUCCCAGGUUGUGUUACACCUUUUACUUCGCCUGGGACAGCGUGCUUUCAUGAACUAUUCAUUUGCUUUGGAAUAUGACAACAUGCAAUUCUCACUGCAAGGAUUUUUCUGCAUAUAUCAAGAUGAUGGAAAUAUAAUAUAUGGUCCCUUUGUAAAGCUGCCCAGAGAAUCUCAGGAGCUCUCUCUUUGUUGCCUUCGUUAUAUCUCUAAUUUGGAUUUGCAUACGUUGAGGUCAAUAGCUUAUUGUUGCCUAUGUCCAGAACUGGAACAGUUUGUAGUGAUUCGAGUCAUAGAGAUCCUGCAUUCAGCUUAUAAAUCUGGGCAUAUUCAAAUUGCGGAUCACAUUAGUUUCUUCAUCACUUUGCUGUCUCGAUUCAGAGUUCUCCCAGAAAAUGUUAAUGUUGUUAAAGAGAAAGAUGUGAAUAUCUCAAAUCAGGGGACUUUUAAAUCAAUCACCAGCAUUGUUUGCUCAUGCCUGUCACAGAUGGGUGAUAGUUCUCUUGUUUUUAAACUACUAGAAAAGAUGGUACUAGAUCAACUGUCGCAAACCCUUCCUCUGGACAAUGUCUGUGCUAUGCUUAGGAUGCUUAUUGCACUGGACUCUGAAGAGACAAUAAUUUCUGAACAAGCUUUUGUAAGCUUAGUCGAAAUCCUUCCGCGAUAUCUUAUUGACAUUGUGCAUUGCAUUGCUGAUGAUGAUGAGAAGGCCUCUGGUUCCAGUUUUUUUAGUGCAUAUUUUUAUUAUCUUGUUCCUUGCUUUUUCUUAUUUGUUAAAAGUCACAAACUUCUGGGUAUCGUGUUGAAGAUGUUGGGGUCAUGGAUAAACGAAAGUUUGUCAAUUUUACCUUGUGAUCAUACCCACUAUGAAACAGACAUUUCAAGCAGGGUAGAAGUGAUCGUGUCGGUUCUUCUGUUGUUGCAUAACGAUGAAAAAAUUGGGCGAAUCAUGUCUUCGUUCAAGGCAGAGAUUGACUAUAUUUUGCAAAGCAUCAUCUCUAUACAGUCCUCGGAGGAAAUCAGCAUGACCAUCCAAGAAAAGCACCAAGUGAAAUGCGCACAUGAUAGACUAAAGAACGUCACUAGUGCACAAUCAGUCUAGAAGGAUGUCCCUCUAACCCUAAGUACCUACCUGAAAUUGGAAGAGAACAGCUGGUAAAUAUCCUCCUGGGUGUAGUUGGAGAGUGGUUUUGGUUUUUCCAAUCUGCGUCAAUGAUUCAGCUUAGCUAAGUUGAAGGUACGGAAUGGGUGCAUGUCACCAUGAUGCAUUUGUCUUUCACACAACUGGGAGAACAGCAUACACCUAGCAUAUUUUGGGGGUCCCAGGCUAAACUAGAGUUUCAAAUCUCGGUACAGUUAUGGUGGGUGUCAAAUUUUGUAGUAGGAAUAGCUUGAAUCAGACUAAUACCUCUCCAAAAUCUCCCCCUUGGAGCUUUUGAACAUUUUGUAUCAGUUUUGUUUUAAUUUAGCUCUAAUUUGAUUCCAAAGGUAACAAAAUAAAUUUAUCAGAAA